AAAUGAAGAAUACUUUUAUCAGUUUUACGUCAGCGUGUUUAUUAUACACACGAUAUAAAAGUCAAAAUAAUCAGAUGUGAGGUUAAAAGUUGCAAUUAAUACUGAUAAAAAUUAUCUUGAUUAGAUGACUUUAACUUCUGCUCUUGAACUAUUUAAUGAUGGCCGAGAAUAUUAGAAUAAAAAGUAGUGAAGUUAAGGAAAUUUUCAAAAAUAUGGAAUAUGGAAGUAGCUACGAAACCAUUCACUCAGCGCUUGAUUGGUUAAAAACUAAGGAAAACAGUUUUUUCGCAUACGUAGAUAAGCCCACAGAGACACCGAAUGGAAGUAUAAUAGAAUUAGCUAAUGCUGUAAAUAAUAAAAAAUUACAUAAAAUUCAUGUGCCAGAUAUUGAUACUAUUAAUAAGAUUUUAUUACAAGGUAGCAACAAAAAGUGGUCUGAAUUAAAACCAUAUGAAAGAGUAAAAAUUUUAAACCAAAUUGGUACUCAGAUUGAAAAAAAGGCUGAACUAUUUGUACAGUUAGAAAUAUUAACCAGGGGUAUUUUAGGAAAAGAUUCUAAAACAAAAGCUAUUCCGCUAUUAUCUCAAUAUUUCCAUUAUUAUGCAGCAUAUGCAUUUAAUUUAGAAGAGGAAAAGUUACCACAAGGCAUUGCAGUUGGAGUAAUAUCAAAAGAAAAUUAUUUACCCUAUUUAGGGCUUUUUCUGGCUCCUGCUUUAGCUGCAGGACGUACUAUUGUACUGCAGAUAGGUUUGCAAUUAACACCUGUGGCUUUUUUAUUACAAGAAAUUGCACAAUCAGCCGGUGUUCCUGAAGGUACAAUAAGAAUCAUACCUUCAGACGAUGGUGAACUUCUGCCUUAUAUGAAUUCUGAAAAAGUAGAAAUCAUCACUUUAUUUGUCGACUUGAAUAGUGGAUUAUACAGAGGUGUUAACACUCAAAAUAAAAAAAUACUUGUUCUAACUUCGUACAAAACUCCUGCCAUAGUUUUUGAUAGUGCGGAUCUGGAUACAGCAUCCGAAAGUGUAAUAGAAUCAUCAUGGAGUUACCAGAGCAUGUUACCUUGGACCACAGACACCAUUUUAGUUCAAGAAAACAUUUUCCCACUAUUCUUGAACAAACUCAAAUCGAAGAUGAUGACCCUUCACAUAUCGACAGCGGACGUGAAAUCAACGAAUAUUUCCGUGAAUUUAAGUGAAAGUAUUGAUGAAUUAAACGAACUUGUUAAACAAGCUAAGCUACAAGGCAUAGAAAUAUUUCAAGUUGAAGAGAGUUCUAAUAAAUGGAGCCCUACUUUGUUGAUCGGUGGAAAAGUAUCACAUAAUGCUUUAAAUACGAAAAUUGAUACAGCUAAAGCAGUUACCGUUUUAGCUUUCAGAUCGAUAGAUGAAGCUGUUAAUUUAGCUAAUAAUACGAGACAGGGCUUAUGGGCAUCUAUUUGGAGUGAAAAUAGUGGUGUUAUUAACGAAGUCACAAGAAAACUAAAAGUGAGCAAUAUUUUUGUGAAUGGUAGUAAUGCUUUUUCUCCAGAAAUAGUCUUUACCCCAAUCAAAGAGAGCGGAAUUGGAAUCUACGGGGGCAAAGAAGGCUUUCUAGAAUAUCUGACUUUGGAACCAACAAAACAUUGUUAUUGUACAAAGAAACCAUCCUCAUCAUCUAUUUCUAAUAUAGAUUCUUUAUUUAAUACAGCCAAUAAGGCACAAGCAAGUUGGCAGAAAGUAUCGAAAAUACAAAAAGAAAAAAUAUUUCUUGAAUUUGCAGAAAAUUUACCGCCAAAUAUAAAAGAAGCUAAUGAAUCAGAAGUGAAAUGGACUGCGAAAGAUAUUUAUUUGGCGCUCAAGAAUACGAUUAGAACAAAUUAUUCAACUACUAUUUCGGGAUACAAUUUAAAUUCCUAUACAGAACCAAGAGGAGUUAUUGUACUAGACAGGUCAGAAAGUGUUAAUAUCCCCUUGGUAGUAACUUCAAUUUUAGAGGGAAAUUCUUUGAUGGUUCUUACUACUGCUAAUUCCGAGAAAAUAUUGAAAUUAUUGAGUAGUAGAUUACCCAGUGGCGUUCUAAAUUUAAUUCCGUAUGAAUCAAAUAUAUUGAAGAAAUUGGCUGCAAACAAAAAGGUCAAUUGUUACUUUGGAGAUGACAGCGAGCAUAUUUUAAGAUGUCUUCCUAUUCAAGACUCCAUUAAAUAUGUUAAUAUAGCGACAAGUGUGGAUAUUUUUGGAAAAAUUACAUUUGUGAAGAAUGUUUUGAGUGAUAUUGGAUCUUCCAGUAACUGUAAUUUUUAAUAAAUAAAACAUAUUGUUAAUAAA